AUGUUGGAAUAUGAGCCAGUAAUGAAAAAGCUGCUGAAGUUGGUUGUACGCUCCUUCUAUGAACCACACCACGUUGUUAUUACAGAUAUUCUCCUGGAGAACACGAUGCUCAGUGAUGCAGAGUUCUGUGAAAGAAUGAAAAUGCUAAGUAGAGAGUUUAACAAGUUGAUAAUUAGACUAAAGGAUGAUCGGCUAGUAAAGUCCGACAUAAAGGUUGAGUCUAAGGAAGACAAUAGACAAACCCUAAGGAAUGUCUAUUACUUUAAUUACGCUGAAGCUCGAGAUGUCAUAAAGUACAAAAUUUUCAAGAUGACGAAGGUUUUAGAAGUGAAAAAAGUGUCAGAAGAUGAGGCAUUCUACUGCCCGGCCUGUGAGAGAUACUUUUCGGCCUUGGAUGCGCAGGCGCUGGUUGAGGAUUAUCUAUUUAAAUGUAUAUUUUGUAAAUGUGAGCUUCAAGAAUGUACACACAAGCCAAACGACAAAGAAAUAGACCUGAAGGAGCUUCUUUACACUCUUAAUGACAUUAUUACCUUACUCAAAGAAGCCGAAAAGUGUGAAAUACCCUCGUUAGACUAUUUCCAAAUACUCGAGAUAAAAAAAGAAAAAGAAAUGUUUAUGAAAAAUGAAAGCCGAGCUGGUCUUCUUGAGGCCAAAGAGAAGCAUGGCCUUUUGAAUAUUGAAGAGGUGGAUACAAAGGCUGAUUCGGAAGAAUUUGUCACAUAUGCCACAUCGGAGAUAGGGAAUGAACAGCCUAAGCAUAUUGACGAGGCUGUGAUGGUAAAUGGUGUUCCAAAGCCAUUUUCUGAGGUAACCGAGGAGGACAAGGAGCUUAUGAGCGAGGAAGAGUAUACAAAGUAUUUCGAGAUAUACUCAAUGCACAAUCAAUGA